AAGAUGGCGCAGCGCUGGGAGACACUUCCAGAUGAUGAAGAUCUCGAUGACGCCCCGGACCUGAUAGACUGUGAAGAUGGGGAUGGGGAUGAUGCGGCCUGGGAUGAUGAGGACUCUGGAUUGCAGCAGGAAGCGCGCUGUCUGUUCUGUGAGAGGAUAUUUCCGUCUCCGGAGGAAGUCUUCCAUCACUGCCAGGACCAGCAUCGGUUCAACAUCCGGGAGUUUGUCUCCACAUACGGUUUGGACUUCUACGGCUACAUCAAAUUUAUUAAUUUCGUCCGAUCCACAAACUGUACAGUAGACAGUCUACAAAACAUCAGCAGGCCGAAGCCUUGGGAUAAAGAUGACUUCUUCAAGCCGGUGAUUGAAGAUGACAUGUUGUUGCAGUACGAUGUGGAGGACAUGGCUUGUGACGGCAGCGGGGCUCAGGACGCAAACGCCGAGCCCUCCAUGCACCGCCGACUGAUGGAAGCGGAGAGCCGGGCGCAGGCAGCAGAAGCGCGCUUAGCCAACGCUCUCCAAGAGCUCCAGAAAACGAGACAACUUGCGCAGGAUUUUGUGAUGAACGCAGAUGUCAGAUGUGGUUCGUCUUCCGCUGGGGCCAUCGCCGAUCUGGAUGAGAGCGAGGACUGCGCCUACUUCAGCUCCUACGGGCACUUCUCCAUACACGAGGAGAUGUUAAAGGACGCGGUCCGCACAGAGAGCUACAGGAUUCUCUGGAAGAUCUCUUUCUAUCCCAAAACUGGCGGAUUUUGUGUAUCGGUGAUCUGCUCGGUCGUCCUGGACGUCGGAUGCGGCACCGGGAUCCUGUCCAUGUUUGCCGCGAAGGCCGGUGCUAAGAAAGUGAUCGGUGUCGACCAAUCGGAAAUCCUCUACCAGGCCAUGGACAUCGUCCGGCUGAACAAGUUGGAAGAUACGAUCUCGCUGAUUAAAGGCCGGAUUGAGGAAAUUGAUUUACCGGUGGAGAAGGUGGAUAUAAUUAUUUCAGAAUGGAUGGGCUACUUCCUCCUGUUUGAGUCCAUGCUGGAUUCCGUUAUCUAUGCCAAAGACAAGUACCUGGCGCCCGGCGGAGCAGUGUUUCCUCAGAUCUGCGGAUUAAGCGUCCUGGUGGCUCUAUGCGAUCCCGAGCGGCAUGCGGGGAAGUUGGCCUUCUGGGAUGACGUCUACGGGUUCAACAUGUCGUGUAUGAAAAAAGCGGUGUUACCGGAGGCCGUGGUGGAGGUGGUGAAGCCGGACGCCGUGGUUUCCCGACCAUUUAUCAUAAAGGAUAUUGAUUGCCAGAUGACCGCCACGAAAGACCUGGAUUUUUCCUCCGAUUUCUCGCUGUCGAUAACAAAGGAUGGAAUGUGUACAGGCCUGGCCGGCUAUUUUGACGCGUUCUUCCAGAAGGGUUGUCAUACGCCGGUCUCCUUUUCCACCGGCCCGGCGUGCGCCAAAACCCACUGGAAGCAAACCGUCUUCCUUCUGGAGAAACCGACUGACGUCAAAGCAGGCGAUCUCUUAUCCGGGAAAAUCGUUGUGCGCAAGAACAGGAAGGACCCGCGUUCACUCCUUGUGACCCUUUCCCUGAACAGCGUGACGCAGACCUACACCCUGCAAUAGGAGGACGGGCUGCUGAGGAACCC